AUGGCUCCUGGUCCUGACGAUCGUAGCCAACCACGUGACUCAUCAGUACCUGUUCCAGCACCUUCAGGAAAUGAAGUUGCCAAGGCAUCAGCAGCAGAAUCUGAUGUCCCAAUGGAGCCUGAGUCUCCACCAACUGAUGUACAACCCGAAGGACUGUCCAAUGAGAAGAGCGAGAAGCCAGUUGAACCUAGUAGUUUCCAGUCGGUUGCACACCAAUCAUCUAGCAGUUCCAAUGGUGCCGAUCCUUCUGAGGAGUCUCAGUCCCAGUAUGGUCCGAUGCGCCGCAUACCAUCAAAGAAUGGCCCAGCCGCUUUGUACAGGCCUCCAGCAAUGCGUGAGCAAGAUUUUCUCGAAAUGAUGAAGGAAGUGGUUCCACGAUUGCUUGAACAUCCCACUGGUCCUGCAGGUGCCCAGACUGAUUCUCAAAAGCGUCCUUUGGAAAGCCCAGAAUCAGCCGUUGAACCACCCAGCUCACGUGCUCGCAUCGAUGAUGCUGAAGCCCUGAAUGUGCAUGAGGCUCUGUCAGUUGAAGAGAUUUCUCCUGAAAACCAUGUCCUGGCGCAGCAAGCCACCGAGCGUGCUCGACGUGCCAAAAAUCGAGAGCUAGAUUCCAAAGAAGGGUUGCAGACGUUUUUAGUGAACGCAAUGUCUCUCACGCCUGAUGAGUCAGUGGAGCUGCAGCGCCUUUUGGCGAAGGCCAAAGGAAGGGCAGCACCUCCGAAAGCGUCCGAUGAGUUUGAAGAUCGUGCCGUGUAUGACCCGAACACGGGUUUGUUCACCAAUCCGACCACUGGUGACACUCUCAGUAUUUGGGAAGAGCCCGAUUGGUCCCCAAAGGUUGGAGCAAUCACUGAUGGCUCGAAGCGUCGUGAGGAGAUGGAUUUCCACAAUCCGGCCAAGAAGCUGGUGACUCCCAAGGCUCAAGCACCUUUUCCUAUGCGUGUCUCUGGCGAGAUGGCUUCCGCUUCCUAUGCUGCCCAUGGCUCUGGAAUCGAAGUGCCCUUUCCAUUGUCUGGAGAGAUGCCUACGCCGGAGAAGAUGAUGCUUCCAGAGAUGCCACCGGACAUCUCCGAUGUUGAGAUGUGGGGUCGCACAUUGAUCAGUUUCGGUACCUACAAGAAUGCCAACAUGAGCUAUUUUGAUUUGAUGAUUUCUGAGGAUGCUCGUGCCGUGAGCUACAUCAAGUGGUGUCGUUCGCACAGCAAGAAUGCCCAGGGCCAGUUGCGUGAUUUGUGCAACUACAUGAUGCACUUUUACCAAGAUGAUAUGAGCUCUGGAGUUCCAAUUCCGGGCACACAGCAAGUUCGUCGUUUCAAAGCUUAG